AAAACGAACACCUUAUCUUAUCUCUCUGCUUUAUGCAAAUAUGUCAAGGCUCAGCAUGCCUCCGUCAGGAGGAGGAAAAAAGGCAAGAAAUCAUUUUCCAAGAGGGAGGUGCUCUGAAGUCGGAACCGUGUCAAAGUUACUGUACUUCGACACAUUAACGGGACUUUGUAAGUGACUUCUGCAGACAAACUGGAAGAGAAAGAGACGAGAAGUGAAGUCGAUGAAUAUUACCCUGAGGCUGUGUAGCACUUAUUCUAUGCUGCUGAAAAGAGGCCCAGAUGCUCCAGGAUGGAUCAGGUACUUCCCAGCCAGAGCUCAGCGUUGGACCUGUUGAAACCAGACAGUGAGGAGCUCCAGCUCAGAGUGGACUUCUUCAGGAAACUGGGCUACCCCUCAGCUGAUGUGAAGGCUGCUCUGGGCAAGCUGGGCCUGAGCACGGACACUAACUCGGUGCUGGGAGAGCUGGUUCGGAGCAGGGCCGGCGCUGCACCCUGCAUGUCCGGUUCUGACUGCGAUGAGAGGAGCUCAGGCCAAAAGGACCCUUUGCUGCCUCCAAGCUGGGCUGUUAAACCCUGCAGAAUCAUACCACAACUCAAGAAUACAGACACAGAAUUGAGGCCAGUUGUUAUUGACGGCAGCAAUGUUGCCAUGAGUCACGGCAACAAGGAAGUGUUCUCAUGUCGAGGCAUCCAGCUUUCAGUGAACUUCUUUCUGGACAGAGGUCAUAAUACCAUUACCGUGUUUGUUCCCACUUGGCGCAAAGAGCAGCCCAGACCUGACACCCCCAUAACAGAUCAACACAUCCUGAUGGAGCUUGAAAAACGGAAAAUAGUGGUCUUCACUCCAUCGCGCCGCGUUGGCGGUAAGCGAGUGGUUUGCUAUGACGACCGCUUUAUCGUCAAGGUGGCGUAUGAGUCCGACGGAGUGAUCGUAUCCAAUGACACCUACCGCGACCUCCAAGGGGAAAGACCUGAGUGGAAGAAAUGCAUCGAGGAGAGGCUCCUCAUGUUCUCCUUUGUGAAUGACAAGUUCAUGCCCCCAGAUGACCCUCUGGGUCGCCAUGGCCCCAGUCUUGACAACUUCCUUCGGAAAAAGCCUCUGCCUACAGAGCAAAAGAGACAGCUCUGUCCAUAUGACAAAAAGUGCACUUACGGUAUCAAAUGUAAGUUCUACCAUCCAGAGCGGUCAAACCAGUCCUACCAGUCCUUGGCUGAUGAAUUGAGAGAGAAAGCCCAGAUUUCUACUAUAAAAGAAGAGAAGAAUGCCAGAUUAUCACCCAGACAGCCUCAGUCUGAUCCUGGGCCUGCUCAUAAUAGCUUUUCCCAUCCUCAAGACUCUAAGGCAGAGCAGAUAAGAGACCAGAAAAGUUCUUCACAUCCCGGUCAGGUUCGUGAAAAUACACUGCUGUACUUUGAGGAUCCUAGGAAAAGUCAAAAUCAUAUAUCCUGUCCUAUAACAGGAAGCCAGAAAGAGUGGCCUGGGCUGCCCUCAAUGCCCAAUCAUUACUAUGCCAACAACUCUCACGAGUACCUGGAUUCUGGCAUUGGCUCUUAUGAGAGUCAGUACUCUGACUUCUCGCACUCCCACAGGCUCAGGCCCCAGCAGCAAAGUGCCCUCACUGGACCCAGACAUGCCCCAGUGCAUUUAGAGGAAAAUAACACCAGCCAGUCUUGCAGGUGCUGUUCCCAUGUAGUGCCUUUGACAGCUCAUCAGCAUCAUCAUGGAAACCCGGACUCCAAGGGUCAACCCAAAUACGACACCUACCCGCCUCACAUGUUCCCGGCUGGUGUGCCACAACAAAGCAGCCUCCCCAGCCACCUCCAUUACAGCGGAGUCCCGCAUCAUCAGCAACAUUAUUGGUCCGAUCCCUUUCAGGGGCUGCCCCAAGCAAGGACGUCAUGUAGUCUCCCGUCUACAGUCCAGUCCUCACACUCCCACAAUAACUCCCACUCUUACAACGGCCACCAGUACCACUCCUGGGGCCAACAACAGUCGUCCUCUGCUGCGUACGACCCACAAAGGUUGGAACUCCGCAAGAAACUGCAAGCCAUCUUCAACCCGCAUCAGGUGGAUACAGUCAUGGAAAUGUUUCCACACGUGAUGAAUGCGGAGAAACUGGCUGCGGAGAUCCUCAACAUGAAGGCUCAAAGAGGGAUAUUCUGAUAAUUCUUCUAAUGUUUUUCUUCCUUUGCAUCCUCUCAGUCAGAACUAACAUGAUACUCGUGUUGACUGUCUAUCAUAGCAAACAAGGAAUCUCUAGAGAAGCUUUUAUGGCAGGCUGAUCUCAUACACCGUUCUUAGCUAUACCUACGAAAAGUUCAAAAUUCACACCUACGGGCAAUUUAGAGUCAACAAUUAACCUGUAUGUCUUUGGACUGUUGGAGGAAGUAGUUUUGUAGCCUAAACCUAAAUAAG